AUGCAUGAUCCAAGUAAGGGUUAUAUGGAUGCAAUGUAUCAACUUCUGAGGUACCUGAAGAGUGCACUGGGGAAAUUGAUGAUAUUCAAGAAAAAUGGGCAUGUAGAUAUUAAGAGCUUUUGUGAUUCUAACUCGGGAAGUUGUGUUGAUGACAUGCGAUCCACAUUAAGAUACUGCAUGUUUGUUGGUGGCAACUUGAUCUCAUGGAAGAGCAAGAAACAGAUAGUUGUAGCAAGAUCAACAGCAAUGACAGAAGGCAGGGCCAUGACAUUAGGAGUUGCUGGGAUGAUGUGGUUAAAAGUCUUGUUGGUUGAACUCAAAGUGGAUCGGGGAACUCAAAUGAUUUUGUGGUGUGGCAACAAAUCAGCAUUGCUAACAACCCGGUGCAACAUGAUAGAACCAAGCAUGUGGAAAUUGAUAGGUUCUUCAUCAAGGAAAAGCUGA